UUGCGCCGUCCGUCGUUCGUUUCAAGUGCGUAGUUCUCGGCCGACGCGCGCGAUCUCCGCGGAAAGUACACGGACAUGCACUGAGCUCUCGCGCACACAUCAUCGACAUUCACACACGGCGAAGUGUCUCUCAGGUUCCUCUCGCCUUCAAGCCAACCACCAAAGUCAUUCAUCUGCACACCUCACUUGUCCAGACGAUUUUGUUUCCACGUUUUUGAAUCGGCGGAAAGUCGAUGGCGGUUCUAUCAACUUGCACAACAUUCUUGGUAAUAUUACGGCGUAGAGAUAAGAAAGGUGCGGGAUAACAAAUGUAAUAUUGUGAGUCGACUGCACUGUGAAUCAGAAUCUUUCAAAAUGGAUCUCAUUUUGGACAUCAACUCCUGGCUGUAUCCAAUGGAACUUGGCGACAAGUUUCGAUUAGUACUGGCUACAACACUCCGAGAAGAUGGUUACCCGGAUGGUAAUGAUUGGAAUCCACACGGAGCGAAAAAUAAUCAGGGCUCUCGCGCCGCCAGUUUCGAAUACGUCAUGUCCGGAAAAGUGUAUCGUAUUGAAGGCGACGAAGCGGCGAAUGAACCGUCAAGCCGAUUGCAUACGUUUGCAUCGCGCGAAUCACCUUCGCCGUUUUGGCCCACAUUAGCAGAUUCUGAUCUAAAUCGGGUGGCCGCGUGUGCGUGUAUAUACGUAAUAUUAUUAACCCAGCAACGUGCGAGCAGAUGCGCUGCGGAGCGUGCUUCGCUCGUUUCGCCAUUGUGUCCUUGCAUUUUUCGCGUCGUUGUCGCGAAAAAUUACUGGCACAUGAUCCACGCUGUCAGAGUGUGGAAUGUGCGUGAACAUUGUGAACAUGCAUAUACCUAUAUAUAAUAAGUUUAAUUUUAAGUAAGUUGUGGUGAACCAUAUAUACCUAUAUAUUUACUUUUGUUAUGAAAAGUUAUUAAAUCAUUACAGGUAAUGUAAAAUGAUUGGUACAGAUUUUGGUUGCACGGGCCAGACUCGCGGCAAAUUGGUUUGCCAAAAGUUGUCCCGUUCUGGCCGCGCGCCGGCUUGUGCGCGACACGAGCGAUGAUUUUUUUCCCGAUUUAAUUUACCGACUUGGGUGCGUGUUCGCCGCGUUCUCUCCCGCAGGAUCGCCGCGUCGUCCGUUGCAUAAUGCAGAUUGUAGUUAUUUAGAGACGUGCCGAUGUGGGUUGCUCGUCGUUUACGUUUCGAACGUCCGAACAGUGCGGCCCGCUCAGCUGUUCGAAGUAUAUCUGAGCUCCUUCUUCUUAUCAACGUCGGCCAAAAUCUGGAUUAUCAGUUCAAGUCUGGGAGUUGCAUUGGAAAAUCAAUCCAAUCCAGUGUGGAAGUAUACGUUUUAGUGCUUUGAUAGUGGCUCGUCCCUUUUUUCAUAUAUUAUCCUUCCUGUUGAAUAAUCAGACGCCAAAUUAGUCUAUAACGUAAAAUAAUAUAACAGUUUGUUGCUAUGGUAAAACUUUACCCCGAAUGAGACGUUUGGCAGUUGUUUUUUUCUUUGAGUUUAAGUUUACAUUUUUUGUAAUUUUGGUGUUACGUAAAACAUCCGUAAUAAUAUACUAUACUAUACCAUCACAUGCGAUUUAACGGCUUUCUAUUUUUCUUUGGUUUGUUUUUAUUAAGCUCUAAUUGAUGUGCCGUGUGAAUGCAUGUACCGUGUAUUUAACGUGUGCUUUGCUGAGUUUUGAUGAGCAAAUAAAAUCGAUCUGUUUGUAGGUUAAUACGUCAAAUUAGAAUCAUAUUUUGGAUAAAGAUCGUUUGCGAAUAUUCCGAAAGUCUUGGGCUGCGUGCCAGAAGCGCGUUUACACUUUCUUUCAGCCAUUUGUAAAUGCACUAUCUGGUACGACACUCCAAGACGACGAACGCUGCCCCCGCUCUCAUUCGAUACCAAUAGCAACAAACAAAUUGACUUGACUAUCUGAACGAGAAUAUUGUAGUCAACGCCCUACUACACUCCUCCCUCUCGAUUCGCUACAAGAUUGAUCGAUCUCGCCGGUGCAAUGGAUGAUGCACACACAUUGCAAAAUAAGGUGGCUGCUCGUCAUCAACAUCAUCUAGUUUCAAAAAUCUAUAAUUAUCUUUGGGAAAUCGCUCGCAGUAUGUGCUCGUGCACGCUUUCGCUGUACACUCUUGACGCGCCCAUCUUUUUCAUUAGAAGUUGUGUGCUUGAUAAUCUGCGAGUGCAUUAUGUUAACCUUGAUGAUAAAAUGAUAGACACUUAAUCGAGUCAAGGACGAUCAGUGUUUUAUAUAUAGCUUGUGUUAUGCGGCGGUCAUUUAAAUAAGCCGGGCACUUAUCGAUAGCACUGUCUCACGGAUUACCUAAUUUUUGCGGCUACAGUUUGUUGUAUACUGUUUAUGUACAUAUUUUUAAGUAAUAAAUGUCUUUUUGAUUAUGCGCAAA